UCAAAGAAUAAGCCCCAUGGCAGCCCCUCCUCCUCCUCCCUCACAACUUUCCCCCAACUCUGCUCAGAGUUUGGGGGUCUUUUCUUCGCUCUUCUUGCUGACACGGGAACUGCAGCCGCUUGGCGAUUCUUGCAGGAACAGCCUGGUCUGCCUGCAGCUUGGGUGGUGUUUUAUUAUUGAAAAAGACCCAGGUGGAGAGAGGAACAAGCCCUCGGCCUCUGGGACGGACGAGGCCGCUGGACAAGGUUUUGCUGUUCAUAGUGUUUUAUCACUACAGCGGCCAAGGAUGUACCCACAAGCUCAGAGCAGAAUCUUGACUUUGCGGUCUUUCCAAUGACACCUCUGUCCCAAGAGGGCUUUCUACGGUAGGAAGAUGAAAGCAUCGUGUGUCGAGUUCCUCCUCCUUCUGGCAGCUAUUGUGGCCCAGUACAAAGCAUCGACUCCACCAGAAGCCUGCAGCACAGCGGAGACUGCGGACGUUUUGUUCCUUGUGGACGAAUCGUGGAGCAUCGGGGAAAGCAACUUCCAGCUGAUCAAGGACUUCAUCUACACCAUCAUACGGACGUUUGAAAACGUGGUGGUGGGAAAGUCGGGUGUCCGUCUGAGUGUGGUGCUCUACGGGGACAAACCAAGAGUAAGUAUCGAUCUGACGGACUACAUCACCAUUGAGGAGGUGCUGGUGGCUGUCCGAGAUCUGCUCUACAAAGGGGGCAAUACCAAGACAGGGACUGCUCUCUCCUUUGUAGCAGACACAAUGGUCAGUGCGGGGAAACUGAGAGAAGAUGCUGCAAAGGCGGUCGUUUUAAUCACAGACGGGAAAUCUUCUGAUUCCGUCGAGGAGCCAGCAGCGGCCCUGAAGAACAGGGGGGUAACCGUGUUUGCUGUGGGAAUCAGAAACGCAGAUAGGAAUGAGCUGAAGAAAAUAGCAUCCGAUCCCAUCGAAGAGCACAUGCUUUACACCAAAGAUUUUGAGCAACUCGGCAGCCUCUCGCGAAAGGUGUCCCGGAGGCUUUGCUUCACGGCUUCAGAGCCGCCACAACCUGCCAAGCAAAUAUCCACUGUUGAGAAGAUUGUUGGGCCGCGCGACCUCACAGUCAGCGAGCAGAGCCACAGCUCUCUGAGACUUAGUUGGACACCUGCGACCGGGAAAGUGACCAGCUACCGUAUCCUCCUGGAUUCACUUUCGGCAACUGGACAGGUCUCUCCAGAAGAUCAGCAGCAGAUUGUUUUGGAUGCCAACAAGAGCUCAGCGCUGGUGACGGAUCUGAAACCAAACACCAAAUAUUUCUUCACUGUCAUGGCUGUCUACUCUGACGUUCUGGGGGAACCAGCCACUAUCAAAGCGAGAACAACAUCCAUACCAACGGUGACUCAUUUCCGGGUCGUAGAAGAAGGACUGUUCAGUCUUAAAGUAGCUUGGACUCCUCCUUUGGGAAAACUGGAAGGCUACAAGGUCUACCUGCCAACAAACAGGCCUGGGUCAACCUCAGAAAAGAUUCUGGCCAGAGAUGUCUCCUCGCAUGUCCUUGACAACUUGCAGGAGGACACAAACUAUACGGUCAGCAUUUAUGCCGUCUACCCAGAAGGGCCGAGUCAGGCGGCGUCAACGACUGGCAGAACUUUAAAGCUGCUGCCCGUGGGAAGCUUCGUGCUCCAGAAUGCAACAACCAAUACUAUCCAGGCCAGAUGGAUGCAAGUCAGAGGUGCCUCAGGAUACAGACUGACGUGGGAGUCUUCAGAAGGCAGCGUCCAGAACGUGAACUUGGGUGACACUUACAGCUACUACAGGAUUCAAGGUCUGCAGCCAGGCAAUGAAUACAUCGUCAUGGUGAAUCCGGUCUUUGGCGCCAUUGAGGGACCGAUAGUCACUGCGAAGGCAACAACCUUGUCAUCCAGCGCUGUGCAGAUUUUGAAAGCAACCGAGGUCACCAUCAGUUCUGUGCUGGUUUCCUGGAACGCGGUGCCUGGGGCGACUGGGUACCGGGUGACGUGGGGCCCAACGCCAGAGUUCUUCGGAAGAGACCGACCCCGGCAGCUUGCUCUGAACAGUUCCAAUACAGCUUACCGCCUGCAAAAGUUGGCUGAUAAUACGGAAUAUGUGAUUUCGCUGUAUGUCCUUUUCGGUUCGGUAGAGGGUCCGGGGAUCACCAUUACUGCAAGGACCUCUCCUCUGGGUUAUGUGACUCAUUUCAAGGCAACCUCUUCCGCGAGCACCUCCAUCUCUCUGUCCUGGAGCGCUGUCCCUGCAGCCAACAAAUAUAAAAUUGUCUGGAAACCAUCUGGAACCGAGCUAGAGAAAGACACUGCUCAGAGCCAUCUCCUAGACAGCGGAGUUCUUGCUUACCGUUUGGAAAAUUUGCUGCCUGAUACCCAGUACACCAUUGGGAUUUGUGCUGUGUUUGGAGCCUCCGAUGGAAGAGUCGUGACCCUUAUUCAAGGCACCGCAGGGUCUCGUGGGAACCUCUCCGUUCCCCUUCCAAUGGUUCCAUCUGCAAAACCUAUUACAACUAGAUUCCUGCCAUUGAGUUCAAGACAAUCCACUCCUCCAGCAGCCACCUCUCUCAGGUCAAGAACCACCUCUGCACACGCAGCCAGGAUCCUUAAGGCAACAGCAUCGCCAGCUGCCACCCCUAGCCCAGUCUGCAGCAAAUUCAAAGCAGACAUUGCCUUUCUGGUGGAUGAAUCGUCGAGCAUCGGCCAAAGUAACUUUGCCAAAAUAAAGGACUUCCUCUUCCGCAUCGUCUCUUAUUUCCCCAGAAUUGGGCCUGAAGGUACACAGAUUGCUGUAGCUCAGUACAGCGAGGAGCCCAGGACGGAAUUCCACUUUAACCGUUAUAGGGACCGGAACGGCGUUUUGAAAGCUCUCAAGAGACUCCGCUAUGCUGGCGGAAACACAAAAACCGGUAGGGCCAUCGGCUAUGUCUUGAAAGAGAUCUUCCAAGCCUUCAAGGGGAUGAGGCCCUCUGUGUCCCGCACCCUGGUGCUGCUGACGGAUGGGCCAUCUCAGGACGAUGUUGUGCCCCCAGCCAAAGUGGCCCACCUUAUAGGGAUCCGCGUGAUCGCUGUGGGCAUUUCGGGGGCUGACCCGGAAGAACUGAAAAGAGUCUUGUUGCAUCGGAACUUGAACAACCUCUUCUACGCUGGCACUUUUGACGAUCUCCCGCUGAUCCUCAAGGAGCUCAUAGAAACCAUUUGCUCUGGGUCCCAGCAAGUUCUUGCCAAGCCACAGGAGAGUGGGAUUUCCAGCAAGGAGAUGAACAAGGUGGAAGGGCUUGUGGAUGCAAAGAGGGCGGUACCCGUCUCCAGUUCCUCUGCAGUUCCCCUGAUGGUUCAGACCCCUCAAGGACCCUGUGACCCACGGUGCUCAAAAGCGCAGAAAGGCGAGAAGGGAGACCAAGGCCCACCUGGAGAUGUGAGCUUCACGGGUCUUCGCACAGGAGGGGGCUACGACCCGUUUAGUUUCACCACCAAGGGGGAAAAAGGAGAGCGGGGACUUCCUGGCAAAGAUGGGAUUCCUGGAUUGCCUGGCAGGCCUGGACGAACUGGUCCCCCUGGUUCCCCUGGACUCAUGGGUCUCCCUGGCAUUCAAGGGGAUCAUGGACCUCCAGGAUACCCAGGACCUCCAGGGCCAAAAGGAGAUAGAGGGGAAUCGGGAUAUGUCCUAGGAGGCAUGGAGGUCAUUCCAGGGCAAAACGGAUUACCUGGACCACCUGGUUACAAGGGGCAGCCAGGAGUUCCCGGAGUGCCAGGACCACCGGGUUUGCCCGGAUUCCCCGGACCGCAGGGACCACCUGGAUUGUCAGUCAAGGGUGAGCCAGGAGACCCUGGGGUCAGGGGACCUCGAGGGAAGAGUGGCGUCAAGGGAGAGAAAGGAGAAGCGGGAGAAUUGGGAAAAGCUGGCUUACCUGGCCCGAUAGGGCUGGAUGGUACUCCUGGAGCUUCUGGACCAAAAGGUGAAAAGGGGGAGGUAGGACUUGGCCUUUCAGGGACUCCUGGUUUAAAAGGAGCAGAAGGAGACAAGGGAGCGACAGGCCUUCCUGGAUCCCAAGGACAGAAGGGUGAACAAGGCAUGCCAGGCGCAGAAGGACCAACCGGCUUGAGGGGCAAAAAAGGCCAAGAUGGGGUCAAAGGAGAAAAGGGAGAGCGUGGAGAGGCAGGGGUGAAGGGUCUUCAAGGAAUUGCGGGUCUUCCAGGUCCUGUUGGGCCCAAAGGAGACCAAGGCAUCCAAGGAUUUCCUGGUGCUCCAGCUAUGGGUGUGGUGGGACCUUCAGGCAAGAAAGGUGCCAGGGGAGAUUUGGGGCCAAUUGGCCCCCCAGGUCCAAAAGGAGACCCAGGGGACCAAGGAGAAAAGGGGGAGAAGGGAAGCCCGGGAUUUGGCAUUCCAGGACAGCUGGGGCUGAAGGGCGAGCCAGGAGAAAGGGGAAACGUUGGCUUGUCCGGGAAGCCAGGGCAAAAGGGGGAAACUGGUCCAAAGGGCGAGAAAGGUGAGCAAGGACCGUCCGGAAGACCUGGGGAGCCCGGCCUAAGAGGUAAAGAUGGGGAAGCAGGCACUCCUGGUGAGACUGGAGAGAGAGGAAUUCGGGGUCCUUUGGGUCUGCCAGGACGUCCCGGAGAGCGAGGGAUGAAAGGAGAGGCGGGAGAAACGGGCAAGGAUGGAGCCGACGGAGAGAAAGGAGACAAGGGCGAAUCCGGACAGCCUGGGCCUCCUGGAACUCCUGGAAAGACCGUUCUUCCUCUGGAAAGCAACGUUGCCGUCAAAGGAGAGAAGGGAGACCCUGGGCUACCUGGCAGAGGAACGGACAUCAAGGAUCUGGAAAGACUCUUCGAAGCUUAUGGCAUCAAGCUGGCGCUGUUGAAGGAGCUGUCUGACCUGCUCCUCCGGGACGGGGUCGAGCUGGUGAGCCAGCAAGUGGCCGGCUCCAGGAAGGCGAAGGGGAAGUCAGCCAAGAAGAAGCAAGGCUCUAAGCAGAUCACGGGUGAUGUGCAGAGCCCACGGACGUCUGAUGUUCCCGGCGAGCAUCUAGCUAGCACCACCGAAGUGGCCCGAGAACAGCCGAGCAUCGAUUUGGAAUCCCCAUCUCCAGAAGCUGAGGAAUAUCUCUUGUCUCCCCCCACUUCCCCGCCUGCCACUCUUGCUCGGACCGUUGCAGAUCUGAAGAUCAUGACAACUGCUAACCGCAAUCCUAGUGACAACAUGGUGUCAGAAGUGACAGCCAACCACACAGGCCUAUGGGAGCUGGAUGCUGAGAAAGCCAAGGACAAUCCGUACAGACAGAGCACAACUCUGCCUCAAAGGACGAUGGAAGAGGACUCUUGGGAGCAGGCAGGAGCUACUGAGGCUGCCAUCUUGGUGACCCAGGAUGGAGUUUGGUCUCUGGAAGAGACAUCUGUAAGGAUGGAGACAGAGGGAAAGGUAGAACAGAACUCCCUUCAUCUUGAUCCAAAGUCUCAUCUCUACUCGCUAGAGAAUGCACCACGUCAGGUAACAGAGACCCCAGAAAAGAUGAAGACAGAUGGAGACCUAUUCAGUGUGCCUUCCAGUCUUGAGCUGCAGACAGAGCCGAAUUCUGCAGAGCAUGUGUCAGCAACACCCACAGCAUCCACAGAACUGCUGGAGCCUUUGAAGAAAAGACCCAAGGAGCGAAAAAGGGAGAAAGAAAUCAGUCGGGGAAACGCCAGCGGCCUUUCUGACCCCGAGGACAGAAGCAAUGGCAGAGUCCGAAGGACGGCAGAGACCCCCCUUGAGAUGCGUUCUCCUGGUGCGCAUGGAAUUAGGGGAGCCCUGUUGGAACACCAUGCCAGUUAUGGGGUGAGUUAUUGUGUGUCCCCCCCUUUCUAUUUUUUUAAAAUAUUUUUUAUUGCUCAAUUUCCACAUAACAAAUUAUCAAGCCAUAUAAUCGCCUACAUAAUUUCUCCCCCUUCCCCCCCCACCAAAGACUUCCCUCAGUUCCUCUCCCAGAUUUCGCUGCACAUAUUUUCUCUGCAUAUUAUAAAACUGUAUAUAUCCUUACAUAUCUGUCCAUCGUGUUAUCAACAAUGAAUUUGUGUGUGUUUAUUCAAAACCUGCCAAGGA